AAUGCUAACCAGAGAAACCUAGAGAUAAAUCCUCUCUUUCUCUCUCUCUAUUUCUCUAUCUCUCUAACUCAAAUCUGCUCGAAUUUGCGCGUUCUUCACUCAAAUGCAGGAUUUCAUCGGAUCAGUUCGCCGAUCUCUGGUCUUCAAACCGUCCGGAGAAUUGGACAAUGGCGGCAGUGGCUUUGGUGGUUUUGUGGAGAAGAUCGGAUCCAGCAUCCGGAAGUCGAGCAUCGGAAUCUUCUCGAAGGCUCAGAUGCCGGCUCUGCCAUCGAUUCCAAAACCAGAGCAAAUGAAGCCUCCGAAAGACGAAGCACCAUCAAUCCGGUGGCGUAAAGGGGAAAUGAUCGGCUGCGGUGCUUUUGGGAGAGUCUAUAUGGGGAUGAACCUCGAUUCUGGGGAAUUAAUCGCUGUAAAGGAGGUCUCGAUUGCAGCCAAUAGUGCUUCUAGAGAGAGGACGCAAGCUCACAUUCGAGAGCUUGAGGAAGAAGUGAAUUUACUGAAGAAUCUCACGCAUCCAAACAUUGUGAGAUACUUGGGAACUGCAAGAGAGGAGGGGUCUUUGAAUAUAUUGUUAGAAUUUGUUCCAGGUGGCUCAAUUUCAUCUCUUUUAGGAAAAUUUGGUUCUUUUCCAGAACCUGUUAUACGGAUGUACACAAAGCAAUUGUUAAUAGGACUGGAGUACUUGCACAAAAAUGGAAUUAUGCACAGAGAUAUUAAGGGAGCAAACAUUCUUGUGGAUAACAAAGGCUGCAUUAAACUUGCUGACUUUGGCGCAUCAAAGAAAGUCGUUGAAUUAGCCACUAUGACGGGUGCCAAGUCAAUGAAGGGUACUCCAUAUUGGAUGGCUCCUGAAGUCAUUCUCCAGACUGGGCAUAGCUUCUCUGCUGACAUAUGGAGUGUUGGUUGUACUGUUAUUGAGAUGGCCACUGGAAGGCCUCCAUGGAGCCAACAGUAUCAGGAGGUUGCUGCUCUUUUUCAUAUUGGGACAACUAAAUCUCAUCCUCCUAUCCCUGAACAUCUCUCUCCUGAAGCCAAAGAUUUCUUGCUAAAAUGUUUACAGAAGGAACCAAACCUAAGACCCACAGCUUCUGAUUUGCUGCAGCAUCCAUUUGUUACUGGAGAAUACCAUGAAAGUCAUCCUAUCCAACGCAAUUCAUUUAUGAACAACUCUGGAAACAAGAUGGCAGGACAGAAGAUGGAUGUUAAGAAGUCAUUGAACUCUGAGAUGAGAAUUUCUUGCACUGGUUUGAAAGAUGUUUGCAAUAUGGAUGGUGUGAGGUGCUCGACAAUAUAUCCUGAGAAGUUUUGUGAAAGAGAGUCACUUUGGAAGCCUGGAAAUUCUGAUGAUGAUAUGUGUCAGAUUGAUUAUGAAGAUGAUCUAAUGUUUGGUGAUUCUAUGAAUUAUUCAUCUAAAUUGACUUCCCAUGAUCUUAACAAGAGUUUCAAUCCUAUCUGUGAGCCUGAUGAUGAUUGGCAAUGCAAAUAUGAUGCAAACUCUGAGUUGGAGAAAAGUCGAGAAAAUAUUCUACCUAGUCAAGUUAAUAAUGAGCUCGAUAAUAGUCCCAUAGCUUUGGAUAAGGACAGUGGCUUCACAUUUCCACAUGGGCACUCUGUAACUGAGGAUGAUGAUGAACUGACUGAAUCAAAAAUUAGAGCAUUUCUUGAUGAAAAGGCACUAGAUCUGAAGAAGCUGCAAACACCUUUAUAUGAAGAAUUUUAUAAUUCCCUGAAUGCUUCCAGCACUCCAAGUCCUGCCAAUAAUAAGGAAAAUGUUCCAAAUAAUCUAAACUUACCGCCUAAAGGCAAAUCUCCUAAGCGGUAUCUUAGCAGAAGACUUUCUUCUGCUGUUGAGAUUGUCAGUAAACCCAGCGCAGUUUGUCAUUCAAAACGGAUAUCAAAUAUUGGUGGUUUUAAUUCUGAGGCUACACAGGAUGUUCAAUCACCUAGACUUGGUGAAUUGAAAGAAUUCAUUCUAGAUUCACAGCCUGAGCCAAUCAUCAAUCCAAGUGACUCUGAUAUAAAGAAAAAAUGGGAAGAAGAGCUUGGUGAAGAGAUUGAGAGAACACGAGAGAUUAUGCGUCAGGCCGGUGUACUGAAGACAUCAUCUCCCAAGGAUCGAACACCAAAUCGAUUCAAAGAUCGACUGAGGUUUGCCGCAUCUCCAGGGUUAUGAGACGCCCCCCACGCCACCACAGCUUAUUAUGAAAUCAGUGCGUGUGCUUUAAAAAAAAAACGUUACUUUAACAAAUCUGGCAAUUGCUGCACCCACAGGUUCUUGAUGUCCCAGUCUCUGCUGUAGAGAAAUGCAAUUUUCCCUGAGGAGAAUAAUAUUCACCAAAAGAUACUUGAACCUGAUAUGGUCAUAUCCUGGCUUGUGAGUGUAUACAUCCAUCCAUCCAUAGAAUACAGCAGGGGGAAAACCAAAGAAGGAAUCACAUACGUUUUCUCGUUGCUUUUAGUACAUAUUAUUGCGUCUAUUGUGUCACCAUGAGAGUACCUCAUGAUGCCUACACUACCAGAGCUUCCUAUUUAAACUCUGUAAGCUUCUUGGUGACUAUUGUAUUCCCAAAGUAUUUUGUAACUAACGCUUCAACUGUUUUCUUUUCCU